AUGCCAGCAAUGCUCCGCACCGACCCCAACAUCAUCAUCACAGGCACGCCAGGCGUGGGCAAAACAACCCACUGCCAACAACUCGCCUCCUCCACGGGCCUCCACCACCUCGACAUAAACGACGUGGUCAAAAAACACAACAUCGGCGAAAGCAGCACCGACCCGGAAGACCCUAACACCAAAAUCGUCGAUGAAGACCGCCUCCUCGACUGCAUAGAAAACGACCUAGAAGAAGGCGGCCAAAUCAUCGACUGGCACGCCUGCGACCUCUUCCCACCUAGUCUCAUCGACCUGGUCUGCGUGAUCCGGUGCGAUAACCAGGUUCUGUAUGAUCGGUUGAAGAAGAGGGGGUAUGGGGAGAAGAAGCUGCAGGAGAAUAUGGAUUGUGAGAUCAUGGAGGUGUUGCUGCAGGAGGCGCGGGAUGCGUAUCCGGAGGAGCAGGUGGUGGAGUUGAGGAGUGAGGGGACCGGGGAUGUGGAUGGGAAUGUGGAGAGGAUUGAGGGGUGGAUCAAGAAUUGGAGGAAGGAUCAUGGGAAGGAGGGUGAGGUUGAGGCGCAAGGUGGAAAAGGUAGUGCGAAGGAUGAGGAUAAUCCCAUGUUCUUGCACGGUUAA